UUUGGGGAUUGUGGGGGAUGAAGGCGCGCGCGGGGGGAAAUGGCGCUGCUGCUGCUGCUGUGUGCGCGAGAGCACCGGAUCAGGUGUGAAUCGACUGUGAUGGAGUUUGAGCUGUAAGGAGGGCGGAGCUUCACCUGGAAAGUCACCAGCCAAUGGCAUUGUCUGUACAAAAACCACCUGGCUGAGGGGGUGGAGCUUCACAUCUACCUGUGUGUGUGUGUGUGGUCAGGCGUAUGAAAAUGUGUGUGUAGGAGAGGUUGUGCGGGUGUGCUUGUGCGUGUUGUGUGUGUGUGUGUGUGUGUGUGUGUAUAGGUGUGACCAUGCAGCACACACGCCACUUCCUGCGAGCGCUGACCUUCGCUUUGGUUUCGUGGUAUGUCUCCAUGGUGACGGCCACAACAUUUCAGCCCACGGUGAACACGGCUCAGGGUCGUCUGCGUGGGAUGCGUGUUGCCGUGGCAACAGAGGGACUCCGACCUGUGGACCAGUACCUGGGCGUGCCCUACGCCGCCCCGCCGAUAGGAGUGCGCAGGUUCGUGGCCCCCGAGGCACCAGCAGCGUGGGGUGGGGUGCGUAACGCCACCCGCUUUGCGCCCGUGUGCCCUCAGAGCGCCCGCGGCAACGCACACGACAUCACUGCACCGGUGUGGGCGACCUUUAACCUCGACACCAUGGCAACGUACGUGCAGGAGCAGAGCGAGGACUGUCUCUACCUCAACCUAUACGUCCCCACCAGAGAGAAGACCGGAACGAAGAGGCUGGACGAGUCGGAUGACGACGUGCUGCGCGAGGCUCGUGAGGACCCGUACCCCGUGAUGUUGUUUAUUCACGGCGGAUCGUACAUGGAUGGAACCGGGAACAUUAUGGACGGCGGCGUGUUAGCAAGCUACGGAAACGUCAUCGUCAUCACACUGAACUACAGGAUUGGAGUUCUGGGAUUCCUGAGUACUGGUGAUCAGGCUGCUAAAGGGAAUUAUGGGUUGUUGGAUCAGAUUCAGGCUCUGCGCUGGAUCAGUAAGAAUAUUGGAUAUUUCGGGGGAGAUCCGGGGCGAGUUACCGUCUUCGGAUCUGGAAUCGGAGCGUCGUGUGUUAGUCUGCUCACACUAUCACACCAUUCAGAGGGACUGUUCCACAGAGCCAUCAUUCAGAGCGGAUCUGCACUGUCCAGUUGGUCAGUGAACUACCAGCCUGUGAAAUACACCCGCAUGCUGGCCGAGCGAGUGGGCUGCAACGUCCUCGACACCCACGACCUGGUCUUGUGCAUGCAGAAGCGUAGUUACCGGGAGCUGGUAGAGCAGGACAUCCAGCCAGCAAGGUUCCACGUGGCCUUUGGUCCGGUCAUCGACGGCGACCUCAUCCCGGACGACCCGGAAGUGCUGAUGGAGCAGGGCGAGUUUCUCAACUAUGACAUCAUGCUGGGAGUCAACCAAGGGGAGGGGCUUCGCUUUGUAGAGGGCGUGGCCGAGCCAGAGGAGGGCGGAGUUUCCGGCUCGGAUUUUGACUUUGCGGUUUCAGACUUCGUGGACGGUCUGUACGGUUACCCGGAGGGGAAGGACACGCUGCGCGAGACCAUAAAGUUCAUGUACACCGACUGGGCGGAUCGCGACAACCCGGAAACACGCCGCAAAACGCUGGUCGCCAUGUUUACCGAUCACCAGUGGGUGGAGCCUGCGAUGGUCACUGCCGAUUUGCACGCACGUUACGGAUCUCCCACGUUCUUCUACGCGUUCUAUCACCACUGCCAGAGCCCGAUGAAGCCGGCGUGGGCCGACUCCGCCCACGGAGACGAAAUUCCAUAUGUGUUUGGAAUUCCGCUCGUCGGACCUACUGAACUGUUCCCGUGUAACUUUUCCCGUAACGACAUCAUGCUCAGUGCCGUCGUCAUGACCUACUGGACCAACUUUGCCAAGACCGGUGACCCCAAUAAACCAGUCCCUCAGGACACCAAGUUCAUCCACACGAAGGCGAACCGGUUCGAGGAGGUCUCCUGGUCUAAGUACAGUCCUGAAGAUCAGCUCUACCUUCACAUCGGCCUCAAACCGCGGGUUCGAGAUCACUACCGCGCCACUAAAGUCGCCUUCUGGAAGCAUCUGGUUCCUCACCUGUACAACCUCAAUGACAUGUUCCACUACACCUCCACCACCACCACACGAGCCCCGCCCCCACCUGCACAGGCCACACCCACCGGACCACGCCCACCGAGGCGUCCGGGCCCACUGGUCAUCGCAAACCCUCGUGAUUACUCCACUGAGCUGAGCGUCACCAUCGCUGUCGGUGCGUCUCUACUCUUCCUCAACGUCCUCGCCUUCGCCGCUCUUUAUUAUCGCAAAGAUAAACGCAGCCGCCAAGCCACGCCCCCUCCGCGUCAGCCCACGCCCCCUCGUCAUAACGCCACGCCCUCAUCCUGCGAAAAAGAUGCGAGGUCGUCCCCGAGGGAUUACACACUCACGCUCCGACGCUCGCCCGACGACGUCCCGCUCAUGUCACCCGAUUCGGUUACCAUGACGUCCAACAGCAUAACCAUGACUCCAGACUCGGUCUCCAUGACGCCCAGCUCACUGAUGGGAUUUCCCAGCAUGCACCCAUACAACACCUUUACACACGGAUACAGCAACGCUGGCCUGCCGCACACACACUCCACAACCAGAGUAUAACAGCACACUGAUAAACUGGUUUAAACUGUUUCAGCAAUUAACACACACACACACACACACACACACACACACUACUGUUCAUGGUUUCACCAGUUUAAACUGGGUGAGAAUAAUAUGUACAUAAUGACGUAAGUGCCAAGACGGAGUGAGAUACGUAUCACUGAAAUCGUGCACAUUCAUGAUGAACGCGUUUCUACGUUACAUUUACAUCUUUAUAGUGUUUCACAUUCAGUUAUAGACGAUAAAAUAUCUA